UUUUUUGGUUGCCAUUAUCAGAAGUGGAGCUUUAGCCUUUGUAAUAUACUCCAUUAGAGUCAUCAACCAAGCUACCAGACAGCACAAAUGGGAGUUACAGGCAGAGCCCUGCUCAACCUUUCUCUCAUCCCUUUCCGUUUCCCCUUAACCAGAAACCCUCUUCUUCCUCAGCCUCGUAGGGUUUAUCUAGGGUUUAGACCCCUUUCUUCUACAACUACUAGUGCUCCUUCUUAUGCUGCUGCUGCUGCUGAAGAAGAAGAAGAUGCACUUCAACCCGUUAAGCAUUCAAUUCUUUUAGAAAGACUUAGACUUAGACAUCUCAAAGAAUCCCCAAAACCCAAUUCUGAAAUCAAGCAAUUAGUACGAAAACAAGCGGAGGUUGAUGAUGGAGGGGUUAAGAAGAGUAAGAAGAAAGCGGUGGCGUCGAGUUUUGAGGAAUUGGGGUUGACGGAAGAGGUUAUGGGGGCUUUAGGUGAAAUGGGUAUUUCGGAACCGACUGAGAUUCAGUCGAUUGGGAUACCUGCUGUGAUUGAAGGGAAAAGUGUGGUAUUGGGUUCGCAUACGGGUUCUGGGAAGACGCUUGCUUAUAUGUUGCCUAUUGUUCAGUUGUUGAGACGAGAUGAGGAAUUGGAUGGUAUGCUCAUGAAGCCUAGGCGCCCCCGAGCUGUUGUGUUGUGCCCUACUAGGGAGCUCUGUGAGCAGGUUUUUCGUGUGGCAAAAUCUAUCAGUCAUCAUGCUCGAUUCAGAUCUACCAUGAUUAGUGGUGGCAGCCGUCUGAGACCUCAAGAAGAUUGUUUGGCAAGCCCAAUUGACAUGAUUGUGGGGACUCCAGGCAGGGUUCUACAACAUAUUGAAGAGGGAAAUAUGGUUUAUGGUGACAUCAGAUACUUGGUCUUGGAUGAGGCUGAUACCAUGUUUGAUCGUGGUUUUGGUCCUGAUAUACGAAAAUUUCUUGCACCAUUGAAAAACCGUGCUUCAAAGACUGGUGAUGAAGGAUUUCAAACUGUUUUGGUGACGGCAACAAUGACAAAGGCAGUUCAAAAGCUGGUUGACGAGGAAUUUCAAGGGAUUGAGCAUUUGCGUACUUCUUCAUUACAUAAGAAGAUUGCUUCUGCUCGUCAUGAUUUCAUCAAGCUUUCAGGUUCUGAGAACAAGAUGGAGGCGUUACUACAGGUUCUUGAGCCAAGUUUAGCAAAGGGAAAUAGGGUGAUGGUAUUCUGUAACACGUUGAAUUCCAGUCGUGCUGUGGAUCACUUUCUCAAUGAAACUCAAAUUUCUACUGUUAACUACCAUGGGGAAGUUCCAGCAGAGCAAAGGGUUGAAAACCUUGCUAAGUUUAAGAGCAAUGAAGGAGAUUGUCCCACUUUAGUCUGCACAGACUUGGCUGCUAGAGGACUGGACUUGGAUGUUGAUCAUGUCAUCAUGUUUGAUUUCCCUAAGAAUUCUAUUGAUUAUCUCCAUCGCACGGGAAGGACUGCUCGUAUGGGUGCCAAAGGGAAAGUAACAAGUUUAAUUGCCAAAAAGGACUUGCUUUUGGCCAAUUGCAUUGAGGAAGCCAUUAAGAAGAAUGAGAGCUUGGAGUCUCUCUCAGUAGACGGUAUCAAAAGAGACAAUGCCAGGUCUCGCAUAACUGAACAGAAGGACAAGCGUGAAAAGUCGGUGAAAGUUUCAAAUUCAAGAGGCAAGACUACAGCUCCCACAGGCAAAUCCUCGAGUGUUACAAGAAAGACUAUCGAUUCAAAAAGAUCUCCAAAGACUACCGAUUCAAAAAGAUCCCCAGGAACCAAGUUUGGCAAAGUACCAUCUAAGUCAAAACCAAAGAUAGCUAUGAACUUGUCCAAAAAGACCAGCAGUUCUACUGGAAAGAGACGAGUAGAUAGCCGAAGCUCUAGCCUCUCCACAAAGAAACUAAAUGUUGUUGGAUUCAGGGGUAGGAGUUCAUCGUCAAGUAAAAAUACAAGGGUUAAGUCUGCUUAACAUGGCUAGGGCUCAAUCAUGUAUACGGAACUUUGUUUUCUUUUCUUUCUUGUAAAAUCUACAAUCGAUGAUUUUUGUUUUUUGGUCAUCAAAUUGUGCAAUGCAAAGAGCCAUUUUGUCA